ACUGCUCCAAACACGACAUGCUAGCUCGCAGGAAGGGGAAAAUAGUGGAAUUAAAGCCGAUUAGUGAUCAAUUAAAGCGGUCAUUUGGCAGCGAGCGGACGGCCGGAUGGUCGCGGGCCUGCGAGGACGUACUGUCCCUUUAAGGUCUCCAGGCUGCUGUGUCGUAUUGAUCCAUCCACCAUUUUCCAACACACCGCGGCGGCAGCACAGCUAGCUGAAGGGGGACCAGCGCCAGAGAGACCCGGAGAGGAAGCCCCGGCACCGGCGGGCAGGCAGCCAUGGCGGCCAACAUGUACCGGGUCGGAGAUUAUGUUUAUUUUGAGAACUCCUCCAGUAACCCACUGCUGAUCAGAAGGAUAGAGGAGCUGAAUAAGACAGCCAAUGGGAACGUGGAGGCCAAAGUGGUGUGUUUUUACCGACGCAGGGACAUCUCCAGCACACUCAUCGCCCUGGCAGACAAGCAUGCAAGGGAGCUGGAAGAAGAGAUGGAGAACCCAGAGAUGGCCGACCUUCCCGAGAAGCAGAAGCAUCAGCUCAGGCACAGGGAGCUCUUUUUGUCCCGCCAGUUGGAGUCUCUACCCGCUACGCACAUCAGGGGGAAAUGCUGCGUGACACUGCUGAAUGAGACCGAGGCGCUGAAGUCCUACCUGGAAAGAGAGGAUGCCUUCUUCUACUCGCUGGUGUACGACCCUCAGCAGAAGACGCUGCUGGCCGACAAGGGGGAGAUCAGAGUUGGGAACAAGUAUCAAGCUGACAUCACUGACCUCCUGAAUGAGGGCGAGGAAGACGUCCGAGAUCUGGAGAAACUGGAAGAGAAAAUCUGGGAUCCCAGCAGCUCACUGACGGAGAAACAGAUCGAUCAGUUCUUAGUCGUCGCUCGAUCGGUGGGCACGUUCGCCAGAGCCUUGGACUGCAGCAGUUCUGUCCGCCAGCCGAGCCUUCACAUGAGCGCUGCUGCAGCCUCCAGAGACAUAACCUUGUUCCACGCCAUGGACACCCUCCACGCCACGGGUUACGACGUGACACGGGCCAUCGCGGCGCUGGUGCCCCAGGGCGGGCCGGUCUUGUGCCGGGAUGAAAUGGAGGAGUGGAGCGCCUCGGAGGCCAACAUGUUCGAGGAGGCGCUGGAGAAAUACGGCAAAGACUUCACGGACAUUCAGCAGGAUUUUUUGCCGUGGAAGUCCUUGACCAGUAUCAUUGAGUAUUACUACAUGUGGAAGACCACAGACAGAUAUGUGCAGCAGAAACGAUUAAAAGCUGCCGAAGCGGAAAGCAAGUUAAAGCAGGUCUACAUUCCCAACUACAACAAGCCUAACCCCAACCAGCUGAGUAACAAUGCAAAGCCGGCGCUGGUAAACGGAGCCGCCGGCGCCCCGCCGCCCGCCCCCACGCCCGCCCCCGCCCCCAGCGCCCCUGCCCCUGCACCUCCGGGCCAAGUGCAGAACCCGCCACUGGCCAGGGCCUGUGAGAGCUGCUACUCCAGCAGUUCCUACCAGUGGUACUCAUGGGGACCCCCCAACAUGCAGUGUCGCCUGUGCGCCACCUGCUGGACAUACUGGAAGAAGUACGGUGGGCUAAAGAUGCCCACUCGACUGGAUGGCGAGAGACCCGGACCAAACCGCAGCAGCAUGAGCCCCCACGGCGUGCCACUGCGACACAGCGGCAGCCCCAAGUUCGCCGUGAAGACGCGACAGGCUUUCUUCCUGCAGACCACCACACUGACACGGGUGGCGCGCCGCCUCUGCCAGGAUAUCAUCAAGCCUCGCUACCUAGCCAGGCACCCCUACCUCCCCGUCAACUCGGCCGCCAUCAAGGCCGAAUGUGCCCUGCGGUUGCCGGAUAAAAACCCCAGCAAGCCAUUGCCACUGAAACCAGCAGAACGCAAACCUCUGGAGUCUGUGGUUCGAUAUCUCGAAGCACAUCCCCGUCCGGUCAAAGCUGAGCCGCCCCCGCCCCCCCGCGGGUCUUCCAUCUACAUGGGCAGUCUGACGCCCAUCAAGUCCAGCCCCAUCCUCAACAACGGCUCCCCCACCAUUCUGGGCAAACGCAGCUAUGAGCAGCACAACGGACUGGAUGGCACGAAAUCCAAAAUGUUGACCUGGGACAUCAUGGCCAAACGCAUGAGUGAAAUAGGCCGGGCCUCGGCUGCCAUGCAGGACCAGGUUCAUGAACUGGACUGAACGCCCUGCAGGGACGUCCUCCAUUGUCCACACCCCCCGCUGAGAGGGCGCCACAGGAAGAUGAUGUGAGUGCAGCUGCAAGGAGGUCCAUCACUUUGUACAGGACUGUUUAUUACUUACGUCUCUUAUUAUGAUUACAAUGUCUUGUUUGUUUUUUUUGUUUUUUUUUUACCAAUUACCAGCUUAUGUUUCGCAAUCAAAGGAUGGGACUUUCACGUUUCAUGAGGAAUGCUUGUAUAAAAAGAAAAUAAAACCCUGUGGAAAAAGGGUAGAAGGACUGUAAGAUAAGCCACUCGCAAACUUGUAUGUUAUUUUUGUCAACGAGUUCUUCUUUCCCCAAGGAGAUGCACUUUUAUUUCCUGACAUGAGUUAACUUCUUGUCUCUUUUUUUGUUGUCGUCGUCGUCGUCGAAUCUGAAGGCUUUAUUGGGAAUCUUGUGUUUGGUGAGCCGGGCAGAGGUUUAACUUAUUGAGAAAGACUUGCUGUUUUUUCUACCUUUUUCACAAGUAAUGCAUCUUUGCUUCGAUAAUGUCAUUAAAAAACAGAACAUUC